AUGCGCUCGGCGGCGAAGCUGUUUUAUACAGCUGUUUUCGCCUUUAUCAGUCUGACAGACGCAAGUCAUGACUCUCAACAACUGGACACCGCAAAAUGCGCUUUUGAUUCAUCUAGUAUGGUCUCGGAUGCCUGUGUAUCUUACGGCACAAUCAAUAACCUCAAUGACGAGGUCUACGCUCUUCUUCAAUCCCUCACCGUCGAAACCGAUUUCUUUUCCUAUUAUCGAUUGAACCUGUUUAAUAAACAAUGUCCGUUCUGGUCAGAUUCCAGUAGCAUGUGUGGAAACAUAGCAUGCGCUGUGAAUACGAUUGACUCCGAAGAGGAUAUUCCGCCGACUUGGCGUUCAGAAGAGCUGAGCAAGCUGGAAGGACCAAAGGCCAACCACCCACCGCGGAAAGUACAAGCAGAGCGACCCAAGGAGCGACCGCUUCAGGGUAUGCUUGGAGAGGGUGUUGGAGAAAGUUGUGUUAUGGAGUACGAUGACGAAUGCGAUGACCGAGACUAUUGUGUGCCUGAGGACGAGGGCUCCGCAGGAAAAGGCGACUACGUGAGUCUGGUUGACAACCCUGAACGGUUUACCGGAUACGCCGGAGAGGGCGCAAAUCAAGUAUGGAACGCCAUCUACCGAGAGAAUUGCUUCAUGAAGCCAGUAGAGGAGGAGCUGGAGGAGCAAUCCCUGCAUGUGCCAUUAAGCGGACUCCAGGCUGUUUCCGACUUUCGGAACGUUAUUCAAAAGGAAUCUCAGCGUCUCGAUGGCUUGCCAUUAGACAAUGAGUGUUUGGAGAAGCGGGUCUUCCAUCGCCUCAUUAGCGGCAUGCAUGCUUCUAUCUCCACUCACCUUUGCUGGGAUUACUUGAACCAAACCACCGGUCAGUGGCAGCCCAAUAUGCAGUGCUACAAGGACAGACUGCAUGGCCACCCCGAGCGCAUUUCCAACAUGUACUUUAACUAUGCCCUGGUUUCCCGCGCCGUGGCGAAACUGCGCAAGCACCUCCAGAAUUACACCUUCUGUACCAGUGACCCUGUACAGGACUUUGAUACAAAGCAGCGCCUGAAUCAGCUGACUGAUAUCCUGGCGCGCCCUCCCCGCAUCUUCGAUGAGGAGGCCAUGUUCCAGGACCCAAGCGCUCACGGCCUGAAGGAAGAUUUCCGCAACCGAUUCCGCAACGUCAGCCGACUGAUGGAUUGUGUGGGAUGUGACAAGUGCCGCUUGUGGGGAAAGCUACAGGUGAAUGGAUACGGCACUGCCCUCAAAGUCUUGUUCGAGUACGACGAGACCAAGAACGGCGAGAACCCACCUCUGCGCCGCACAGAACUUGUUGCAUUAGUCAACACGCUCGGUCGCAUCUCCCACAGUCUUGCCGCUGCUCGCAGCUUCCACGAAGCCCUCGAGGCUGGCCAGGAACAUGCUUACCCUCUUCACAAUUACGCUCCGUUGGCACCUAAGCAGGCGGAGGUGACACCUGAUGGGAAACAACCUGCUCGCAUAUUCCACGAUGGUGCUGGUAACCUGUACUAUGAGAAUAAUGAUGAGAGCAAUUGGCAUCAUGGACGUCAAAAGAUGGAGGGACGUAAACCUUGGGAGUACCCGCGUCGCCCUGACAAUCCUGGCGCGUUUGAUGAGCUUGUCACCGAAUGGACUGUUAUUAGGGACACGACCUUAUAUGUCCUGAAGAGUUGGAUCAAUGCUCCUCGCACUGUUUUCGAGAUUGUCUAUAUGGAAGUUCAACGGCUCUGGGCCUUCUGGUUGGGUUUACCUGUGCCCCCUCGUCAAUGGAAGAUCAGGGCACCAGGUUCAGAUGAUCCCCUGGCCCAAUCCGUUGAGCAGCAGCAUAGAGAUAGAGAGCUGUAA